AUGCCCUCGCCAUCAGCCGAAAUCUCCAGACAGGGCGGCGUCUCCUCCACUGCCGCCGCCGCAGACCACGCCCGUCGCACACCGUCGCCUAAAAUAUCCGCCGAAGCCCGCCGAAGCCAAGAAAAUGAGCAGUCCCCGCUUCUCUCGCCCGCCGGGUCGGCCGAGGACGACGGCCUCGCUGCCAACGGCAGACACGCUCGGGAUCCUGAGUUUGACGAGUUUCAGGCCACAAAGAGUGUCUGGUACCUCAUCCUGCUGACCAUCAGCAUCGGCGGCCUCCAGAUCGCAUGGUCUGUCGAGCUUUCCAACGGCUCCCCGUAUCUGCUCUCGCUUGGUCUGAGCAAGUCCCUGAUGGCUCUGGUGUGGAUCGCGGGGCCCUUGUCCGGCACCCUGGUGCAGCCCUACGUCGGUAUGCUGAGCGACAACUGCCGUGUGCACUGGGGCAAGCGGAAGCCCUUUAUGCUGGGAGGCGCCGCCGCCACCAUUUGCUCCCUGCUGUUCCUGGCCUGGACCAAGGAGAUCGUCGGCAGCUUUCUCGGCCUGUUCGGCGCUGACCCCAACUCCGAGGGAGUCAAACUUGCUGUUAUCGUCGUUGCCGUCCUCUGGGUCUACAUAUUAGACUUCGCCAUCAACACCGUACAGGCUGCGAUCCGCGCCUUCAUCCUGGACUGUGCACCCGCCCACCAGCAGGAGUCUGCCAAUGCCAUGGCCAGCCGAAUCGUUGGUGUCGGUAACAUCAUAGGCUACAUUGCCGGCUUCGUCAACCUGCCGCAGAUGACCUCGUGGCUCGGGCGUACGCAGUUCCAGGAUCUAUGUGCUAUAGCAUCUAUAGCACUGGCCGCCACCAUCGCCAUUAGCUGUGUUUGCAUCCGCGAGCGUGACCCUCGCCUGGAGGGGCCCCCGCCUCGCGACCAGCCUGGGGUCCUCUCAUUCUUUGCCAAGAUCUUCACGUCCAUCAAGCGCCUCCCACCGCAGACCAAGAAGGUUUGCCAAGUGCAGUUCUGCGCUUGGAUCGGCUUCUUUCCUAUGCUAUUCUACACGUCAUCCUACAUUGGCGAGAUAUACGUGGAGCCAUUCCUGCAGGAGAACCCCAAUAUGACCCCUCAGGAACUCGACGAGCUCUAUGAACGGGCCACUCGUGUGGGCACCUUUGCUCUACUCAUCUACUCCAUCACCAGCCUCAUCACCAACCUUUUCCUACCCUUCUUCAUCGCGCCGACCUACGAUGGCCAGCCGCUCCCCUUGACGGACGCACCCGGGGAGGGGCCCGCAGUCGUGGCGGCUAAGGACUACGAAGGGGAGGGCAAGACGUGGCUGGAUAGGCUUGUGAUCCCCGGCUUUACCCUUCGCCGUGCCUGGAUGUUCUCGCAUAUCCUGUUUGCCGGCAGCAUGUUCUGCACCGUCUUCGUUCGAACAGUCGAAGCCGCCACGGUCCUGAUCGGGCUUGUGGGAAUCACUUGGGCCCUGACGCUGUGGGCGCCGUGGGCCAUCAUCAGUGCUGAAAUAUCCCGGCGCGAUGCCCUGCUUAGGGUGCAGCGGUUGCGAGCCUCGGAUGUCGACCGGAGCGAUAGCGACAGAAGUCCGUCGCUUGACGGCUACGAGGACAAUGAUAACGGUGGCGCUGUCGAGCAGCCGGCAGAUCAGGCGGGCGUCAUCCUGGGAAUCCACAACAUGGCGAUUGCGGCCCCGCAAAUCAUUGCCACGGUGAUUUCGAGCAUCAUCUUCAAGAUCUUCCAGAAGCCACGAGGCGUGCCUGGCGAUCAUAGUAUCGCUGUGGUGCUGGCCCUCGGAGGCAUCGCGGUACUUGUCGCAGCCUGGUUCGUCCACUGCAUCGAGAAUGAGCCCACGGUCCCAGUCGACACUCUCUCGGAGAUGGAGCAGGGGGAUGGCGCCUCACUGGGUGGCCUGCCGAGGCCCCUAUCAUCACACAGCCGCCGCCAAAGUGUCGAGUCUCUUCCCCGAGUUUCUCUUGAGCGUGCGACGUUGGUGAGGCACAGCAGCUUCGGCGGUGCCGAAUACUGA